AUAUGCUAUAUAGACCCUAAAAAGAGGGCGAGAGAGAGAACAACAGAGAGAUAAGAGUUCCUCCUGUCGUCGCCGAGGUUUCUCCGGCGGAAUCCAGUGCAAGGCAAGGAGGCAGCAAGAUGACUCGGGGCAGCCAGAGGGAGCGCGACCGCGAGCGCGCGGCGGCGAGGAAGCCCAACUCCAAGAACGGCGGGGACGGCCUCACCCCGGAGCAGCGCCGCGAGAGGGACAAGAAGGCACUGGAGGAGAAGGCCGCCAAGAAGGCGGCACAGGCUUCUGGGAGCGCCGCCGGGUCCUCCACGGACACCAAGAAUAAAGAUGCGAAGAAGUAGGUCUCGCCGGAUCCGACCCUGCGAUGGUGCCGCCGCCUCAUUACGAUUCUCAGUGACAUAAGUUUGUACCUUUGCAUCUGUGGAUCCUUUAUGCCUCAAUAAUGGUUAAACUAUUCUCGGAUGCAAUGUAAGUUGGGUCACUAGUUUUCUGAAAUUCUGAACUCACGAUAUUAAUAAGCAGUGUUCUGGUUCUGCGAGCUA